AUGUCAAAUUCAUCCAUGACUGAAUCUUGUGUUUUCUGUGGUGAAAAUCAUUCUUAUGAGUUUUGCCCUGGAAACCCCGUUUCGGUAAAUUAUGUUGGGAACCAUACUAAAAAUAGCCCAUUUUCUCCCACAUACAAUCCAAAUUGGAGAAAUCAUCCGAAUUUUUCAUGGGCCGGAAAUUCUGGACUUCAACCCCCCGGGGCAACCCAAGUCCAAAAUCGACCUCCGAAUCCCCCGGGAUUUCAUCAAGGUGAUCAUCACAUGCAAGGUGGUCAUCACAUGUACCAAAAUGGGCAAUCUUCACAAUCACAUGCACCUAGGCAACAAAACACAUCGGAGAUUCUGUUUCCUCCAGCUGAAGUAACACAUAAUCCAGUUUCUGUCCAAGAAACAGCAGCUUUGCCCAGUUCCAGCACCACCCAGUCUCCACCUGACACUGCUCAUAAUGGGCAGAAAGUGCCCACUCCCCAACAAAAAAAGACCGGUCCAACAGAUUUAGAUCUGAGAGAUUUACCUUUUCCAGGUAGGAUGAAAGCCAAAAAUGUGGAUGUACAGUUUAAGAAGUUCUUGGACAUCUUUAAGCAACUCCACAUUAGCAUACCUUUGGUAGAAGCUCUCGAGCAAAUGCCUAGCUAUGUUAAAUUUUUGAAAGAUAUCCUUAACAAAAAAAGAAGGCUAAGUGAAUUUGAUACCGUGUCUUUGACAAAUGAAUGUAGUACCCUUCCUACCUGCAAAAUUCCCCCAAAAUUAAAAGACUCGGGAAGUUUCACCAUCCCGUGUUCAAUUGGAGGGAAAGAAGUAGGUCAUGCCUGGUGUGACCUUGGAGCAAGUAUAAAUCUCAUGCCUUUGUCCAUUUUUAAUAAAUUGGGAAUAGGGGAAGUCCGACCAACCACCGUGACUUUGCAAUUAGCGGAUAGGUCUUUGGCGUAUCCAAAAGGCAAAAUUGAAGACAUUUUGGUUAAAGUGAACAAAUUCAUUUUUCCGGCCGACUUUCUAGUGUUAGAUUAUGAAGCCGAUAGGAAUGUUCCGAUCAUUUUAGGAAGACUCUUUCUUGUUACGGGUAAAACAUUGAUUGACGUACAAAAGGGAGUUAACCAUGAGAGUGAACGACCAGCAGGUGACUUUCAAUGUGCUCAAAACUCUUAA